AUGUACAAACCACCUUCGCAGGCACCCGCUGGCCUUCCCGGCAGAGCGGGCACACAGGGACAGAGCCGUGCCCGGCCCCUUGGCACAUCCCGCCCGCUGCCCGAGCCACGGGCCGGGCAAAACCCACCUGCCGCUUGGCUUUGCCGGGUCCUGGCUGAGGGGGCAUUUUGUGUUUGGGGUUCGGAGAGGGCUCUCCGACAUCCCUCCAGCCCCGCUCCGCCGACAUCCCCCGCCUCAGGCGGCUCCAGCCGGACAGGGCGGCCCUUCCACGCCUCGGCGGCCGCCGUCACCCUCUCACGCUCCCGGGCCCCGCCGGUCCGCCCGCGGCCCCCCAGAGCACAGCGCUUCCCUCAUGCCCAGCACCGGCCCCCCGGGAUCCCCUCACCGCCUUCCCACCUCGGCAGCGCCGGCCGUCCUGGGGAGCGCCGCGGGCUCCGCGCCUCCCGGCCCGCGGCGAACCGGCCCCGCCGGCCUCCCCUGCCCGGCCCCGCGCACCUGCGGAGGGAGGGCGCUUGUGCCCGGGCAGGGCUGAGCCCGGCCCCGGCAGGGCGGCAGCGAGCGGCGCCGGGCACCUGCGGCGGCCGGGGUGAGCCGGGAUCCCGCCCGAGGGAGGGGAACAGCGCAGGGCAGAGCCGUCCCGAGCGGCGCUCUGCGCCCGCCGAGCCCCGGGCAGCGCGGCUCCCUCACCGCGGCCUCGGGGAGCGGCGGGGGACGAGCGGAAUCACCGCUACACAGCACUCGUUCUUGAAGAGCAGUUCACAGUGCGCGGCCCUGACUUCGGGCUCUGCGUCCUGCGGUGCCGUUCCCGGACUCCAGGGAUUUCCAGGAUCCAGGUGCUCGCACACGGCUCAGCGCGUCCCCUCCUGGGAACAGCCGCUUCGGGAUAAGGGGUGGCAUCCCGACACCCACUCCUUACCCAGAGAGUCCCUGAUUCCCUACAUAUCUGCCAGCAUUUCCAAGGAAACUAAGCAAGCAGACUGCUGCAAAUUUCUGAAGCAUCAAUCAAGGCAAAUUCUGCAUUUGUACUGAACUUGACCUGAUGUCACCCAACACUGCAAAAUGGCUCAGACAAUUCUUUGGAUUUCUGCCUCUUUUUUCCUGAGUUGCUGUCAGUUUCUGGAGGAGUAACAGAAUCCUCACCUACGAUUUUUGGAAAGGAUCAGUUCCUAAUCCCCAACAUGAUCAAGCAGAUCAGAAUGCAGCCUGUUUAUACAAUUUCUUAACUUUCCUCAGAGUUCCUCCAGCUAUGUGUACACUUUGCUGUUCUCUUAGGGCCAUUGGCAAGCUGAGCCAAGCAGGUGGGUUUCCAUCCCUCUGAAGAAAACCCAUGGAAUACCAAGGGGCUCCAGCAGGCUGUGAAGGUCUGUGUGACCAGGGAUCACACCUCCAACCUGACUACCCACACUUCUCCAGCACUGCUUUCAUUCAUCCUCACAGGCUUGCAUCACUUUGACAUCUAGUAAUGCAAAUAACAGCAAAUCUCCAUCUGAGAUCUUCAGAGGUUUAUAAUUAACCCCAUUUUUUAAUCCUUGGUCCAAGUUGGUGGUGUGGAUGAACCACACAGUAAAAUAUCCCAGUAGAGCCCACAAUAUAUCAAGAUUCUUGGAGACAACAUCAGAAACUGAUUUUUUUUUUUUUAAAGAAACCACCUAUCAUUGCAAACCAGUAAACAGUAACAUUAAAAGUACUUACCAUAAACUAGAUUUCCACAAAAAUCAGAAGCAUCAAUGUUCUGGGGCUGCUGCAGUCAUCAACUUUUAACAUAUCUGGCUUGACUCACAACAGUCAGCACUAAAGCAAGGAUAAUGGGAUACACUUCAAUGUUCCACUUGUUGUGGGAGGGACCAGAAUAUUGUGACCCGCUAUUUGGGAGUGCUGAGAUUAAAAAUGUGCCAAAAGCAUCAGAUUUUCUAACUGCUGCAUCAGUUAGAAAGAUCUGCAUGAUUUUCAUCUGUGCUGCUAUGGAAUCAAGGGGAGCCAGAUUAAAACCAAGCAUGAGUAUGACUAAAAUCAGACACACAGUCUGCAGGUUUAUUUUUAAUGCAAGAGGACAGUAAUAUAGUGACCACUGGCCAGUUGCUCAUCACACAUACAUAUUGAAAUGUCUCAGUUAUUCAUAUUCUAUCUCACAGGUCCAACUCAAGUACGAGUUUCAGUUCUUGAGGAAAUCACCAAUGGAAAAUGAUUAAAUAACUACUUAGAGAAUUGAACAUCAAAAAUUUCAGCUAGAUCAAAAAAAAUGGACAUUGCUUAAAUUUUAAAAACCCAUACACAUAUAGGUAUUUAAAUGGCAGUUUUGCUUCUACACCAUGGCUUAAACCAGUCAUCAGAGGAGUUUCAGCAGUAUUUUUUAUUUGCUAGAGCACACUUUGUAUCACGUUAUGGCAAAUAAUGUACUUUCAGGUUUUGAGUUCUCUCCACAAACAGGAAUAGUCUAAACACAGCAAUAUUUAUUCAAUUAUUUAGCACUCUUCUUAGCAUUGUGCCAUUUUAACAUGCCACAGCAGUGUUACUCAUAUGCAAUAAGCUUUAAAAAUGUGGCAUUUUUAACCUGGAAGUAGUAUUUUAAUGGCUGAACAACAAGAACAGGGGCAUGGAAAGAAAGGCUGACUGUACUAUAAUGAUACAGCAUCAAUCAACAAUAUUCACCCAAUUGUACCAUCCUUGGCCUGCUGCACAAGGCUGAAUCUGCUGCAAACAUAAUCCAGGCACCUGUGGGAGAGAUCUAUACUGAGAAUGGCGGAAAACACCAAUUUAAUAGGUUUUAUUUAGUGCUAUCAUAUUUCACUACAUUAGAAAACACGAGUGCUUUAAACAGGAGACUUUACUAGGUAAGCACAUUGUCAAAACUUGUUUCAAGAAUAUUUAUUUUUUAAUAAUACACCAGUCUAUAAUAACCUACAACAGUAACUCAAACUGAUAUUAUCUAAAAAAUGUAAGAUCCAGUAUAAUUCAAUUAAAUACCAAUCUGACAAUUUUUAUGCAAAUUACUUUACUCCAUCCUGCACAUUUCUUUAUCUCUGGAGAUCAUUCUCAAUUUCCUUUUCUGUAGCUUUUCUAGCGCUACACUGCAUUUUGUUAAUAUCACCACUGAAGCUAAAGACAAUAUUUCAAAUCUUAAGCCUACCAGAAAAUUAUAGUUAAGAUUUAUACUGGCUUUAGUCACACAACUUUGCUUUCCAAUGAUUUUUCAAAGUACUAUACCAUAAAGACUAGAAAGUUCAGACAGGACACCAGCAUUAUUUUUGGUCUAUUCUGAAUUUCAGACUUGUUCUUGAGUCUAUUAAUAACCUAAUAACCUUUGAACAAGAAUGUUCAUUAGAAGGAAGGCUGUUAGUGCAUCCUAAAUUGCCAAAAUCUUCCCAUUUUAGGUCCCAGUUGCUUGUAACUUUGCCAAACACUAAAUGCUUGGGCUGAAAUUUUCCAUGCCAUGUCUGUGUCUCAAUCUGAGAUGUGUUGGAAAAUUUAAUCUAAAAUAAAUAGAACUGUUUCCAAGAA